AUGGUGGAAAUCUCACCAAAUUGUCCAAGGUGUGGCUCUUCCAACACCAAGUUUUGUUAUUACAACAACUAUAGCCUCACCCAACCCCGCUACUUCUGCAAGGGCUGCCGCCGGUAUUGGACCAAAGGCGGCUCCCUCCGCAAYGUCCCCGUCGGCGGUGGCUGCCGCAAGAACCGACGCCCUGCCAAGCCCUUAACCCUAACCCGAUCCCUUCCCAACCCUAAAUUUCACUCCAGCGAUAACGAUAAGUACUGCCUCCACCACCACGGCCGCCUCCCCGACCAAGACGGGUCGCCCGACAUCGACUUGGCGGUCGUCUAUGCCAACUUUGUGAGCCAGAAACCGGACGCGCCGGUAACUUUUCCGGCGACCAAUACCGCAGCCGGUAACUAUCCGGUUUCUUGUGAGAGUGGUGUGGUGGGAUGUGGCAGUAGUUUUUGUGAGUUUCCCAUGCAGGAGUGUGGGUUGGGGGCCGGUGAUUAUCAGGUGGCCGGUUGCUUUGGGUUACAGGAGAAGAAUGAAGCGGCGGCGGCGCGUGAGCUUCAAUUGCCGCCGCUGCCGGGCGAGGAGAUGGGAGGGUGGUCAAGCUCUAUGAUAAUGGUGAAUAAUAAUCAUCGUCUACAAUCAACAACAUUUGAAAUGGAUACUCAAGACCCAAAUUUGAUUAGUGGUAAUUGGAGCCCUAUUGAUUUGUCAACUUAUGAUACUUUCUCAAGGGCUUAA